AUGAAAUAUAAUUGCUUUUCUUUCUCUGUUUAGCACUUUCAGACCAUGUUAAAGACUAAGUUGAAUGUCCUAACUCUUCGGAAAGAGCCUCUCCCGACAGUGAUCUUCCACGAACCAGAAGCUAUUGAGCUGUGCACCACAACUCCCCUCAUGAAGACCCGGACUCACACUGGAUGCAAGGUUACAUAUUUGGGUAAGGUUUCCACAACAGGGAUGCAAUUUUUGUCAGGCUGCACAGAGAAACCAGUCAUUGAAUUAUGGAAGAAGCACACACUCGCCAGGGAGGAUAUUUACCCAGCUAAUGCUCUUCUGGAAAUUCGCCCUUUCCAAGUCUGGCUGCAUCAUCUGGACCUCAAAGGCGAGGCGACAGUCCACAUGGAUACCUUUCAGGUAGCACGUAUAGCCUACUGCACUGCUGACCACAACGUCAGCCCAAACAUCUUUGCUUGGGUCUAUCGGGAGAUCAACGAUGACUUGUCCUACCAGAUGGACUGCCAUGCUGUAGAGUGUGAGAGCAAGCUAGAGGCCAAGAAGCUGGCCCAUGCCAUGAUGGAGGCCUUUAAGAAGACUUUUCACAGCAUGAAAAGCGAUGGCCGGAUCCACAGGAACAGCUCGUCAGAGGAGGUGUCUCAUGAAUUUGAAUCUGAUGAUGGCUGACUGAACUCAUUCACAGUUCAGCAAAGGCAGAAAUGGCCUAGGGAAUGAGAGCUGAUAGAUGAAUAAGCAACAAUUGAAAUUGGGGAAUGAACGGACUGCCAAACACUUGUCUGACCAGCUUUUUAAAUCAAAAGAGCAAUUCAGUACCUACAGAUAUGCAUUAUUAAAGUAAUUAUGUUACAUUGAAAUCUGCUGCUGUUGUAAAAGUGAGAAAAAAGCUCCCCGCCCCAUAUGUCCCACCCACCCAUCACUGCCCCUUUCUCAUCUCUGUAGUUCAGGUGCGUACCAUGAAGUAGAGUCAUUCCUGUUUGCCUUAUAAGACUGGUCAGGCAAUUUUAUCAGUUGCUCCUCUGGCGUUCCUAGCUGGGGGCUGAUGCUGAUGCACAAGACCAAGUAGACCUGGAAAGCCCUAAUGGUUCCCGAAGAAACAUUUUCCAUGAUGCAUCACAAAAAUCCUUUGACCAUACGUAGGCUAAGACAGCCAUACAUAGCCUUUUAGACUAAUGGCCUGGCAUUCUGCAGUUAAUUCACAUUUCACAGAUUAAAAAAUGAAAGAAGAUGCUUGUAUGUACACAUUAUAUCAUAUGCUAUCCUUUAUUUUAUUCAUUGUACCUAUUUUCUUAAUAUACCUGCUGCCACGUCUUUCACCCAACACCAAUAGUUGCAGUUUCAGACUAUAUAUUGCAGGAUACCAAAAAGGGGCGGGCAAAAAUACUCCGCGAUGACUGGG